GUUUUACAGCGGGCCGGGAAAAGAAAAGGGGGGGGGGGGGGGAGAGAGAGAGGGGGGGGGGCGCCCCCGAUCCGGUCCGGGGGAUCCAGCCCGGGAGCCGGUUCCGAUCCGGAUCCUCGUCCCGAUCCGGUCCGGGCUUUGGGGGUCCCGGUUCGGUCCGGCCAUGGCGGCCGAGAAACCCGGAGCGCCGGAGGGGGCCCCCCACGCCUCGCCCCCCCCCUACGGUCCACCGGCGCCUCCGGGACCGGGUUUGGGGAGCGCUGGGGCGGCCACGUUACCGCGGGGGGGCCCGGCUGGGGCGGCCACUCUGCCACGGGGGGGGCCGGGGGCAGGAAUAGGGGGGGCGGCGGGGGCCGCAACUCUGCCCCGGGGGCUUCAGGGGGUCGGGGGGGGCCCGCACUCCGCUCCGCACGCUGCCACCCUGCCUCGGCCCCCCCCUGCCACCCCUCAGCCUUACGGGGGUCCCCCCCAACCCCCCCUGCCCUACGGGCCCCCCCCCUUCGCCCUCCAGCUCCAGCCCUGCACCGCCUACGUCCCCGUCUACCCCGUGGGGCCCGCAUUCGGGGGGGCCCCCCCCGGCCCCGGUCCCCUGCCCGGCCCCGUGGGGGUGCCGGUGGGGGGCACCCUGGGGGGGGCCGUGGGGGCUCCCAUGGGUGUCCCAGGGGGGGUCCCGGGGGGGCUGGAGGGGCGCCGGGCACCCCACGACUACCUGCCCAUCGCCGUCCUCACCACCCUCUGCUGCUUCUGGCCCACCGGCGUCGUCGCCAUCGUCAAGGCCGUGCAGGUGCGCACGGCGGUGGCGCGAGGGGACAUCGUUUCGGCCGAGAUCGCCUCGCGGGAGGCGCGGAACUUCUCCUUCAUCAGCCUGGCCGUGGGCAUCGCCGCCAUCGUGCUCUGCACCAUCCUCACCGUUGUCAUCAUCAUCGCCGCCCAGCACCACGACAACGACUGGGAGCCGUAGCGACGCCGCGGCGACCGACUGGGGGUGGGGUCGUCACCCCCUUCCCCCCCACACCCCCCCCCUCCGCCCCGGAGAUCUCCUAGCGACGGCUUUCGGCGUCGCCACGGCGACGCCGGGGAUCUUAGUGACGCUUCGGGGAUCAGGGCCCCUCAGCGUCGUCACGGCAACGGCGCCGGGCAUCCCAGGCGUUACCGCGGCGACGCUCGGGAUCUCCUAACGACGCCCCGGCAACGGGCGCAGCAUCGUCAUGGCAACGCCCGCCCCCCGCCCCCAACCGCGCUUCUGGCCCCGCCCCCAGGGCUCCCGGUGGGCGGGCCUCCCAGGAUGCUUUGCGGCGGGGCCCCGCCUCAUCUGCAUGCCAAGCCCCGCCCCCGCCGCCAGGCCCCGCCCCCCUCGCCCCGCCUUUUGCUGCUGCUGGUUCAAUAAAUCUCUAUAUUGAUAGGGGGGAGGGGCAGCUCGUUACCCUGA